GAAAACUCAGGCCUCCUGGCUGCUCUCUAAUGCCCGGCCUCUCUUAUGCAGCCGAAAGCUCCACAGAGACAUAGGAAAACCACACACCAACACAUUUGAAUAUACACACUGGGCUCUUUUGGUGAAGUGCCUCUUACCACCAAACCAGAUUACUGAAGAGGGCUCUUGCUUGGACACAGUGAACAAAGUGCUUCUCAAGUCGAUGAAAACUGACGUGGAACUGCUGAGAGUCAAACCAGCAGCCAGAGGUCCUCGACCGGGACAGGUUCUGGAUCCCUGA